UUUGAGUUUCCUCUGAGACGGAGGGCAGAGCAGCAACACAGUGGAGCACGUGAGCAUUUCUCAUUUGGACUUAUUCAGAAGACAUGACUCCUCAGCCUACAAGCGUUCCAGUUUACAUCAUGACCACAACUGCAUACGGAGGCCAAAAUGGCACCAAUGGCAGUGAGUGCCCGCACACAGAUGCAUGGGAUUGGGUCUACACCAUGCAGCCUGUGUAUAUCUGGAUCGUCGCUGUGUUAGGAAUCAUAUGCAACGUUUUUGUCCUGUUGGUUUUCUGCCUCCACAAGAAGCCCUGCACUGUGGCUGAGAUCUACUUGAGCAACCUGGCUGCUGCAGACCUGGUCUUGACAUCCUGCUUGCCUUUCUGGGCUACUUAUGUAGCUAAUGAAUUCAACUGGCCUUUUCAUCCAUCUCUUUGUCAGCUGGUCAACCUGGGCAUCAAAAUGAAUGUCUACUGCAGCAUCUACUUCCUUGUUAUGGUUAGCAUCGAUCGCUUUGUAGCACUGGUGCACACAAUGUCUCACGGCAGAAUGCGUCGGCCAAAGUAUGCCAAACUUGGGUGUCUACUGGUGUGGGUUUUCGGCUUGAUCUUGAGUGUCCCCACACUUAUGUUUCGGGUGGUUAAAUACAUACCAGAAUACCAUAUUACUGCAUGCUACCUUGAAUAUCCAAACACCACUGUAGAGUUGGUGUGUGAUGGGAUAAUGAUCGUUGUCAGCUUUGUCAUCCCCAUUUCCAUUAUUACCUACUGCACCAUCAAGAUUAUUCAGGCUCUGAAGGACCAGGCAGUGGAGCGGUUCAAUUCCGAGAACAGCGAGAGGAAGGCCACCAAGCUGGUGUUGGCUGUCCUCUUGGCGUUUCUGUUCUGCUGGCUGCCGUUCCACCUGCUCACCACAGUGGACGUGUUUCUAAAAGCUAUGGCGAUGGAAGACUGCCUCCUCAUCGAGACCAUAGACAUCUGCAGUCAGAUCUUCACCUACCUAGCCUUCUUCAAUAGCGUGCUCAACCCCAUUCUCUACGUCAUUGUUGGAAAGAACUUCAGGAAAAAAGCUCAGGAAGUUUUUCAGCAGCUGUCUGUGAGGAGAAUACUGAUGUCAGAAUCCUCACGUUCUAACACGUCCUCUACUUUGAAGACCUUCCUGUAAUAUGUCCACAGUGUUCACCUGAGAAAGAGACUAAUAUAGAGUAAGUGCUGGAUGAACUUUUAAUAAGCAUUUAAAUGUUGAUCUUUUCUCCCGAUGUUCAGCAACAACACAAUCAUCACUCAUCAUAAGUAUAUUUGUAACAGUUGGACCUCUUGGACUUUUUGAAGCCAAAUAUAAGCAAACAUUGGGCAUGUUGUUGCACAUUAUUUCUUCUGUAAAUAAUUUCUGUUUAUAUAUAUUACUGGCUUUUUUUUUUAUUUUGGUGACUUAAAAUUUAAAUUGUACCUCGCAGUAUUGUAUGUGUUUCAAUAAGAUGCUUUUGUGGAUGUGAUUUCAAUGUUGUUAAAUGUUAUGUGCUGCAGAACAACAAAAAAGAUCUGCAGCCCAGACAGCUGCUAAGUGUUUUCUGCUGUUCCUGACUCACUAAAUGUGGAAUGCGUUAAAGUUUCCAGUGGUGACACAAGC